AAUGCGUAUUUUAUAUAUUUUGGAAAUUGGUGAACGCAAAACUAAAUGUUUUGGUUGUUUAAGUUGUUCUAAUCGCUCUCUUUGUAUUUUCUUUUGUAUUUUACAAAUUAUUGUUGUUGGGUGUUCUUUGUUUCAGCAUUUAUACUCUUGGUCUCGUUUUGGACACGUUUUCAAAUGCAAUUCAAAUAUUACCGCGGAGGCUACUUUUGAUGAAAGACUGUUAGCUUAUGAUAUUGUAAUUUUUGAUUUUGGAUUGAUGAAUAUUGUUUUGAAAAUGAGUAAAUGUGUGGCGAAUUAUUUGGAUGGAGGCUAUUUACGUUUCUUUUGGUGUGUUGAACACACAUCUGCUUUGCUCAUUCUUCUCGCUGUUUUGUGUUUGGAUUUAAAAAAGAUUUGGCUUUACUGGCCAGCUCUUUUUAUGCAAUCCUCUUUUGUAUUAGGCAUGGCUAUUCUAUCAAUGGCUACAACUCCAAAAAUACUUGAAGCAAUAAGCACACGGGUUGAUAGCCAUUUAACAACUUUAUUAAGUAUUUAUGUUUGUGGGGUAUUGCUUAAUUGGAUGUUUACUCUCGUUCUCUGGCAUCACUAUUGGGAUAUGGAAAAAGUGGUUAGAGCUCUAGAGGACAAUUCCGGAACGGAACAGAGAAAUACAAUACAACAAAGACGCAAUAACCAAUCUCUAUAUUAUUGUUAA